UGCCUGCCUCACCGUGCUCGUGUGGCUCACUUGAUAUUCAGGUCUACAUACACUAGAGAUGGCUUCCUCUAGUCCUCGCUCGUCCGUUGCCAUCGUCGCCGGCGUGCUGCUGGUGGCCGCCCUGUGCCUCCACGGCGCCACGGCGCAGCUGUGCGAGGACUACUACGACUGCACGUGCCCUGACGCCUACGAGAUCGUGAAGCGGGUCCUCAUUGACGCCCACAUGUCCGACGUCCGCAUCUACGCCAGCCUCACCCGCCUCCAUUUCCACGACUGCUUCGUCCAGGGCUGCGACGGGUCGCUGCUGCUGGACAGCGUGCCGGGGGUGAUCCAGUCGGAGAAGGGCGCGCUGCCCAACAACGGCUCUGCGCGGGGGUUCCCGGUGGUGGACGCCGUCAAGUCGGCGCUGGAGGAGGCCUGCCCAGGGGUCGUCUCCUGCGCCGACAUCCUCGCCCUCGCCGCAGAGAUCUCUGUCGAGCUGUCUGGAGGCCCCAAAUGGGGUGUGUUACUGGGGAGGCUAGACAGCACGACGGCAAACUUCACAAGCGCCAACAACCUGCCGUCGCCCUUCGACAACCUCACCGUGCUCGAGGGCAAGUUCAACGCCGUCGGCCUUAACAACGUCGACCUCGUCGCCCUCUCAGGGGCCCACACGUUCGGUCGAGUACAAUGCCAGUUCGUCACGGGCCGGCUCUACAACUUCAAUGGGACGAACCAGCCCGACCCCACCUUGAACUCAGGAUACCGGGCUUUCCUGUCGCAGAGGUGCCCGAUAAACGGCAACGGGUCGGCUCUGAAUGACCUGGAUCCAACGACGCCUAACAUCUUCGACAAGAACUACUACACGAAUCUAGAGGAGAACCGAGGGUUCCUCAGCUCCGACCAGGAGCUCAAGUCGUCGCCCCAAGCGCAGGGCGCCACCGCACCCAUCGUCGACCAGUUUGCGAGCAGCCAGGAUGCCUUCUUCGCGAAUUUCGCACAAUCCAUGAUCAACAUGGGGAACAUUCAGCCGUUGACAGACCCCUCCAAAGGAGAAAUCCGAAAAAACUGCAGAAAGGUCAAUGCAUUGAAGCUAAUUAGGACGGAGAAAUACGUGGAUGUGCUUAAUUGACUGAUAAUACAAAUUAAGCACUUAAUUUGGCUCCUCUAAUGUACGUGUGCAGCUCAUUACUUUCUUAUUGUUAUGCAGUUGAAUAAUUGUUCAACCAAUAUAAUAUUACAUGUAUAUUGUACCUAAACGCAUGAUCUUUAGAGUCAGAUUAUUAUAUGUAUCUAAUAUAAAAUAAAUCUUUACUUUUGUACUCA